AAUUUCUUUCUCCUGUUCACUGGUUGCCUUAACCCUACUAAAGCAUGAUGCUUUUCAAGGUCCUGGUGAUCACUGUCUUCUGUGGUCUGACUGUGGCUUUCCCCCUGUCAGAAUUAGUUUCAAUCAAUAAAGAACUACAGAAUUCAAUCAUUGACCUACUAAACUCAGUCUUUGACCAACUGGGAUCAUACAGAGGGACAAAAGCUCCUCUAGAGGAUUAUACAGAUGAUGAUUUAAGCACUGACUCUGAGCAGAUCAUGGACUUCACGCCAGCCGCAAACAAACAGAAUUCUGAGUUCUCUACUGAUGUUGAGACAGUCUCCUCCGGCUUUCUGGAAGAAUUCACUGAGAACACAGACAUCACAGUGAAAAUUCCAUUAGCUGGGAAUCCAGUCUCCCCUACUUCCUGAGAAGACUCCAACUUUGAAAUAAACCUGCGACUGCCAUUCAGGAUAUUGUCUUUGUAGAAAAUGAUAUAAAUCUAAGAUGCUCCCAGCAAAGAAGAAAGAACGAGGAAGUGAUCCUGGAUGAGAAAUGCUGUGCCAGGCAUCUCUAAGCUCUGCCCUUACUCUGUGUGGGUUUAAGAAAUAAACGUUCAUUUGAAUUGC